GAAAAAAUGACGGCUAGAUUGGAUACGUGUUCGUGUGGUUUAUGAUAUUUACGACAAAAAGUAUUAACUUAGUACAAACAUUAGUUACGACUCUAUAUAAUAGAUAUCAGACUUUUUUGAAUAAGUGAAUUAUAGGAUUAGACAUUUUUUCUCAUGUUUAAAAAAAAUUGAACUGACGGCAACGUAGUUAUUCCACCAUGGAGGACGCUCACUCGAAAUCCGUGGAAGAAGUUUUAGGCUAUUUUGGCACAGACCCAGACAAAGGCCUUACUCCAGAUCAAAUCAAAAGGAAUCAAGAGAAAUAUGGGCCAAAUGAACUGCCAACGGAAGAAGGCAAAAGUAUAUGGCAGUUAGUACUGGAACAAUUCGAUGACCUCUUAGUAAAGAUUUUGCUGUUAGCCGCUAUUAUUUCUUUCGUUUUAGCUUUAUUUGAAGAACAUGAAGACGCUUUCUCAGCGUUCGUAGAACCCUUUGUUAUUUUACUAAUUCUUAUUGCUAACGCUGUUGUAGGAGUAUGGCAGGAAAGAAACGCCGAAUCCGCCAUCGAAGCUUUAAAAGAAUACGAACCCGAAAUGGGUAAAGUAAUAAGAGGAGAUAAAUCCGGCGUACAAAAAGUUAGAGCGAAAGAAAUCGUUCCCGGGGACGUCGUGGAGGUGUCCGUCGGAGACAAAAUUCCCGCCGAUAUCCGCCUAAUCAAAAUUUUCUCGACCACCAUCCGUAUUGACCAGUCCAUCCUGACUGGUGAGUCUGUGUCUGUUAUAAAGCACACAGACGCCAUCCCUGACCCCCGCGCUGUGAACCAAGACAAGAAAAAUAUCCUUUUCUCUGGUACUAAUGUUGCUGCUGGUAAAGCCCGUGGUAUCGUUAUCGGCACCGGCCUCAACACUGCCAUUGGUAAAAUCCGUACCGAAAUGUCUGAGACUGAGGAGAUUAAGACACCCUUGCAACAAAAACUCGAUGAGUUCGGUGAGCAACUGUCUAAAGUUAUCUCCGUUAUCUGCGUUGCCGUAUGGGCUAUCAACAUUGGGCACUUCAACGACCCCGCCCACGGAGGAAGCUGGAUCAAAGGCGCCGUAUAUUACUUCAAAAUCGCCGUCGCUUUGGCCGUCGCCGCCAUUCCUGAAGGUCUGCCGGCUGUCAUCACUACCUGUCUCGCUUUGGGCACCAGGAGAAUGGCCAAGAAGAACGCUAUUGUCAGAUCUCUGCCUUCAGUAGAAACCCUCGGUUGCACAUCCGUCAUCUGCUCCGAUAAGACUGGUACACUCACCACUAACCAGAUGUCUGUAUCUCGUAUGUUCAUCUUCGAAAAGAUUGAAGGUGGCGACAGCAGCUUCCUUGAAUUCGAAAUCACCGGUUCCACAUACGAACCCAUCGGAGACGUUUACCUGAAAGGACAAAAAGUUAAGGCCUCUGAAUUUGACGCUCUCCAAGAAUUAGGCACCAUUUGCAUCAUGUGCAAUGACUCCGCUAUCGACUUUAACGAAUUCAAACAGGCUUUUGAGAAAGUCGGUGAGGCCACUGAGACUGCCCUUAUCGUACUCGCUGAGAAGAUGAACCCCUUCAACGUCCCCAAGACUGGUCUCGACCGCCGCUCGUCUGCCAUCGUCGUACGUCAAGAAAUUGAAACUAAAUGGAAGAAAGAGUUCACCCUCGAGUUCUCUCGUGACAGGAAAUCGAUGUCCUCCUAUUGCACACCUCUCAAGCCCUCCCGUCUCGGUACUGGACCCAAACUGUUCGUCAAGGGUGCCCCCGAAGGCGUAUUAGAACGUUGCAGCCACGCUCGCGUCGGAACAACCAAAGUCCCUCUCAGCUCUUCCCUCAAGAACCGGAUCCUGGAUCUCACUCGCCAAUAUGGUACCGGUCGCGACACCCUGCGUUGCUUGGCCCUGGCUACCGCUGACAACCCAAUGAAACCUGAUGAAAUGGACCUCGGAGAUUCAUCCAAAUUCUACACUUAUGAAGUCAACCUUACCUUCGUCGGUGUUGUGGGCAUGUUGGACCCUCCCCGCAAGGAAGUUUUCGACUCCAUUGUUCGUUGCCGCGCUGCUGGUAUCCGCGUAAUUGUCAUCACUGGCGACAACAAGGCUACCGCUGAAGCUAUCUGCAGGCGUAUCGGCGUGUUCGGCGAAGAUGAGGACACGACCAACAAAUCGUACUCCGGUCGCGAGUUCGACGACUUACCCGUGUCGGAGCAACGCGCCGCCUGCGCUAGGGCCCGCCUGUUUUCCCGCGUGGAGCCCGCGCACAAGUCCAAGAUCGUUGAAUUCCUGCAAAGCAUGAACGAGAUCUCCGCUAUGACUGGUGACGGUGUGAAUGACGCGCCCGCCCUGAAGAAGGCCGAGAUCGGUAUCGCCAUGGGAUCCGGCACCGCCGUCGCUAAGUCCGCCGCCGAGAUGGUGCUCGCUGACGACAACUUCUCAUCCAUUGUCGCCGCCGUCGAGGAAGGUCGCGCCAUCUACAACAACAUGAAGCAGUUCAUCCGCUACCUGAUCUCUUCGAACAUCGGUGAAGUGGUCUCCAUCUUCUUGACCGCUGCUCUGGGUCUUCCCGAAGCCCUGAUCCCCGUGCAACUGCUGUGGGUCAACCUGGUCACUGACGGUCUGCCUGCCACCGCCCUCGGCUUCAACCCCCCUGAUCUCGACAUCAUGGACAAACCACCUCGCAAGGCUGACGAAGGCCUUAUCUCUGGAUGGCUGUUCUUCAGGUACAUGGCUAUCGGUGGAUACGUAGGCGCCGCGACAGUGGGCGCUGCAUCGUGGUGGUUCAUGUAUUCUCCGUAUGGGCCACAGAUGACGUACUGGCAACUCACGCACCACCUGCAAUGCCUCGGGGGCGGUGACGAGUUCAAGGUGAGUACGGUGUUAAUGUCCAUGCGUAGGGUAACCAUUGAGGAAUUUCAAAAGUCCUGACAAAAAUCCUGAAUUUUUAGUCACAAAAUGGUACCAUUCCUCACUUACUUACAAUGGUAUGGUAUUUAAAUCAAUAUUUACUUUUAUUAUUUAUAUUCAAUGUAAUUUAAAAAUUCGGACAAAGUCCGGGGACUUGUCCGGACUAAUCCGGACGGAUGGUAACCCUAUCCAUACGUUACGAACUCACGAAAAGCUUUUAUACUAUGUCAUGUUUACUUUUUCCUUAGUUUUGAAGGGGAAAGUGAACGAGGAGAUGAAAUAAGUAGUCAAUAAGUCUUUGUCUUUCAUUAAGUUACUAAGCGUCCAAAUUCCACUGCCCAUUAAUUUUAUGAAUAUUAAAGUUUGUCACUCAAUCUUACUCAGUGGACUGCUAGAAAUGUAGGGGCGUCGAUUGCAAGAUCUUCACCGACCCUCACCCUAUGACGAUGGCGCUGUCCGUACUCGUAACCAUCGAGAUGUUGAACGCCAUGAACAGCUUGUCGGAGAACCAGUCCCUCGUGUCUAUGCCGCCCUGGUGCAACAUGUGGCUCAUCGGCUCCAUGGCGCUCUCUUUCACGCUGCACUUCGUCAUUCUAUACGUCGAGGUUCUCUCGGCCGUGUUCCAAGUGACGCCGCUGUCCGUUGACGAAUGGGUAACCGUGAUGAAGUUCUCCAUCCCGGUGGUACUGCUCGACGAGGUGCUCAAGUUCGUCGCGCGCAAGAUCUCCGACGGUGAGCGGCACUACCUCGACGGCAUGCAAUGGAUUGUGCUCAUGUGGGCCGUAUUUUUCGGCCUUAUCAUCUACGGACCCCUCUAAACGAGGCCCAGUGCUCACCCCAGUUUGUUCCCGUAACAGGGAUGGUGACGGGGUUCAUUUGAUUAGCGAAAUUUACUUUUCGGACUUUAGGAGAUUAUUUUAAAAAUAAUGGACACUUUUUUUAUUUUUUGCUCAUGGCAAUCUAAUAAUCUUUAAAAUGACAAAGUGAAGCGCGUCAAAGUUUGUUAGUGCGGACUCAUAACGUACGACUUCUAAGUAAAAAAAAAUACCAACACGUUAUGUCGACAGCGACAUUUUAAAUCAAUAUAUCUUUGAAAUGUUUUGAUUGUGUGAAUAAAGAAAGAAUACGUGUCCAUUACUUUUCGAUAAUCUACCUGAUAAACGAAGAAAAAAAACAGUCAUCAUCCCUUUACCUGACCCCCCCAUUUAAAGAAUCUCGCCUUACCCACGUUUAGUUGUGAAAGAGAAUAAAGCGUGGGUAGUGCAGAUUCCGCCGUGGAAAAAUUAAGGACUUUGAGCAUCGGCUCACCACGGCCCCCUAACGGAAUGCUAAUCACGGUGUGAAGUGACUCUCAUAGUGCACGGUGAUGGACGAGCCACGGUACUUCCCCGACCCCGCUUCGUGUGAUACCGUAUUUUAAUAUUUUUUAUCUAAUUUGGUUUCACGUGCGAGACAAUAAUAAUGAAUGUGAGCUCGUUUCUUUAGAAAUGUUUUUUGACGAGGACGAAUGGUCUCCUUCUUAUAGUGUUUCUCUCGUGUUUCUCAUUGAUUACUAGCUAGAAAUGAAGCGGCUGUGAAGACCUUCAUUGUAUAGUGCUAACCUGUAACACCAAAAAUUGGUUUUAAUACAAAAUUUUUAUAAUGGGUAACUUUAAAAAAUAGUUAUACAAUUACUGUGUAAUAUUCGUUUACGAGUGAUUUUUAUAGAUUUUGUAUAAAUAUGGAUAGUGCUCCGAGCUCCAUUUUCACAAAUAAUGUUUUUGGUGGACUCGCACACGGCUCAGUACCUUGUCCCUUGUGGACAGCAGACAUAAAAUUUACUAUUAUAGUAAUGUGCAUUGUUAGUGCUUAGUGUAAUUUAUUGUAAGUAUAUUGUUAGGGAAACGGUUACGAUUAUUUUGCUCUGCAAACUUCUGAGUAGGAAAAUAAUACCGCUCUGUCCUUUCACCUGUGACCGCUUGUUAACAUUCCUCUUUGCAUUUCAAUUUCUACCUGACAACAGCACUGUAUGUUACCAACCUGCUCUUUUUCUAGCCUAACAUAUUAUAUUUUCAUGCUAUAUUAACAAACAGGAAUGUAUGAUCUUUAAUUAUAUUUGUGAUAAAAUUUUAUUACACAACGAAAGCUUAUUCUUUUAGACA